AUGCGGGCUUCUUCUUUUCGUCACUUGCGAUGGGUUGCUAUCCCCGUUCGCUCGCCAUGGAGCCGACCUCUGGGUAGAGCGCAUCCGUUCCGCCAUGUUUUGCAUUUUACCAGGUCAUCACCACCCCAAAAUCGGCGUUUCUCGGCGUCGACACCGACUCAAUUGAUCCGCGAGGGGGACUCUACCAUUUAUGCGCUUUCCACUGCUCCUGGUCGAGCGGCAAUUGCGGUUGUGCGAGUCUCGGGACCACACUGUGUCUUGAUCUACCAAGCUCUGUGCCCUAAAGCGCCGAUCCCGCGACCCCGUGUAGCAGCCGUGCGUACCCUCUACGAUCCCACCGCCAAAGACCUAUCCAGCCUUGCAGCUGUUUUAGACGCCGGGGCCCUAGUCCUAUACUUUCCAGGCCCAAAGACUGUCACCGGGGAGGAUGUGCUGGAGCUUCAUCUCCACGGCGGUCCAGCGAUUGUUCGCUCCGUUCUGACCGCGAUCGAAAGCACCAAUGGCGACGCACAUGUAGUUCGCUACGCAAAACCAGGCGAAUUCACCCAGCGGGCGUUUAUGAACAAUCGGCUUGACCUACCGCAGAUCGAAGCACUUGGGGAUACCUUGACAGCUGAUACAGAGCAGCAGCGGCGGUUAGCAGUGCGCGGCGCGAGCGAUGCGUUAUCAAAACGGUACGAGGAGUGGCGGCAGCAGCUGCUUUAUGCGCGCGGGGAGCUAGAGGCGUUGAUUGACUUUUCGGAAGACCAGCACUUUGAUGAGUCUUCUGACGAACUGGUUGUAUCUGUUGCGUCGCAGGUGCGCGUUCUUAGUCGGCAGAUUGCGCUGCAUAUUCAAAAUGCGUCCAAGGGCGAGUUUAUGCGGAAUGGGAUAAAAGUCGCGCUGCUUGGAGCGCCAAAUGCAGGCAAGAGCUCUCUUCUAAAUAGAAUUGUUGGCCGGGAAGCCGCUAUCGUCAGUACGGAAGAAGGUACGACCAGGGAUAUCGUGGACGUUGGCAUCGACUUGGGAGGCUGGUAUUGCAAACUGGGUGAUAUGGCCGGGAUCCGGUCAGAGCCUCGCGGGCCGUCUGGAAACAAAGUUUCCGUCGUGAUAGGCGCCGUUGAAAGGGAAGGUAUUCGGCGAGCCCGCUUGCGGGCUUUGGAAUCCGACGUGGUUGUUGUUGUUAUCUCUGUCGAAGAUGGGCUCGAGGGAGAGCCGUAUCGGCUUGCAGUGGAGCCGGACGUUGUGGAUGCCGCCAACGAAUGUGUGUGCGCGGGAAAACACAUUGUCGUUGCUAUCAACAAGUGUGACCGGUUGCCACCGUCAGACCAGGGAGAGCCUGGCCUGGCGCCAUCCCAGCUGGUAUUGAAGCAAAUCAGCCAGCUCUUCCCUGAUGUACCCACGAAGCGCAUUUUUGGCAUUUCCUGCCUUGAGGACGCAGACCCAUUGAACACCUGGCCAGCAUUCCUACAGGGCCUGAUCUCAACCUUUGAAGAAAUGGCCUCACCGUCUGGAGUAGAAGGAGAUGCAAACGGCCAAUACGACCGGUCUUAUUGGGAAGAUUCCCUAGGCGUGACCCAUCGACAAAGUUCCAACCUACAGAAAUGUCUGCAGAGCCUUGAUGAUUUCCUAGCGCAAAGCACCCCUUCCCGUUCCUCUAUCUCCGUCACUGGCUCAGAGGAAACAAACUCCAUGGAAGUGGACAUUGUGACAGCCGCGGAACAUUUGCGUUACGCUGCCGAUGCCUUGGCGUCAAUUACGGGUAAGGGCGAGAGCGGAGAUGUGGAGGAUGUUCUGGGGGUGGUUUUUGAAAAGUUUUGUGUGGGAAAGUAA